AUGACGUCGCCUAGCGGUGCGGUAUCGACGCUCAAGGGCAAGGAGAAGGAGUCGACGCCAUCUUGUGGACGAUGGUACUCAGCUCACCCGGCACAGCAGCAGCCAGAGGCAUCGACAUCAGCCAACAAGCUGCCGCAUACACUAGCAUCGAUGAUCGAAGACGUUACCAAGGAUGCAAGGCUUACUGCCGCAGACGAAUUCGAGCGCCUUGGCCUCUCAGCUGGUCUCGCUCGCCAGGUGACAUCGACGUACCCACUCAUCACUCAUCCAACUGACCCUCAGCGCGAGCUCAUUCCAGCCGUCCUUUCACCCAACGACGUUCUGCUGCGAGCGCAUACAGGCUCAGGCAAGUCCUUUGGCUUGCUUCUCGCAUUGAUGGCAAAGCCGCGCAUCGUAUUCCGCAGCAACAAGGAUCAAGAGGCUCCGGAUAGCAGAGGACGAUCAGCAGCCUCGAACAAUGGCAUUGCCAGCCUCGUCAUCGUGCCAUCCAACGAGCUCGCGGAACAGUACCUCGAGUGGGUACGCCAACUCGUACCAAAGAACAUCGGCCUAGACGCCAUUAUUCAGACACUCGUGCGAGGAGACGGACAAGACGAAGAUCAGCGCAUGCAACGCCUUGUCAAGCAGCCUCCGCACAUCCUCGUCGCCACCCCCACACGAGCAAUGCAGGUCCUCCAAGGCUCGGCAGGUAGCACGACUACAGCAGGCGCCUCCAUCCUUGGCAUCCCAACGCUCCGCACUCUCGUCUUCGACGAAGUCGAUGCUCUCCUUGACCUUCCCGGCCGCUUUCCAAGCGACAAAGCUGUAUGGCGAAACAUGGUCCAUCCUCCUGUGGGCCUUCAGCUCCUCAAUGAGAUCAUGAAAAUCAGAGGCACUCACUCUGGUGGCAGCCCCAUGUCUUACCAAGGACUCGAGGACAAACCCAGCUGGUCCAAACGAGACUACUACGGCAAGCAGGCAAAGCUCAAGCGAUCUCCCAACUAUUCCUGGUUGGCUCCACCCCGACAAGUGGACGCAGCGCGCGGAGAGUGGCCACUCCAGCUUGUAGCAUGCUCAGCAAGCGCCAACGCCGUUCUGCGCCACUUCUUGGGCGCAAAGACUGGUUGGGCGAGAGUAGGCGUACGAGCCCCGCCCGAGCAAGGGGCAGCUGCUGCGGUGCGAUUUGGCGCGAGGCGUGGAGUGCAAGGCGAGUCAAGGCCAGUCACAGGCAGGUGGAUCGACUUGACAGGCUUGACACCGCGGCGACAUUCCCGGCAGACGGAGCAGUGGGGUUCGUAUAGCCAGGGUCAGCAAGAGCGCCUCGCAGCCAAUACAUCCCUUGCUGGCGUCAUGCCGCAGGAGCUAAUUCACCACUGCUUGGUACUGGAUGAAGCGGCCGGCGAGGGAGGAGCGUUGCCGCUCCGCAAUUUGCCGAUAUCGCGGCUGCGUCGCCUGGCGGCCAAGGAGCAGAAGGAAGAGCGCCGCGUGGAGCAUCGUGCUCAGCGAGAAGGUGCUGCUGGAACGCGCGCUUCGGAGACAGGCGACGCAUCAUCGUCUAUUGUCCGCAUCGUUCAGCCCACAGCUCCUGCUAUUCAUGAAGUCGACCCAGCGCUUCUCGAGGCUCUUGCCCUUGUUUAUGCUCAGCUGGGCGUACAGCGCGGUAUCGCCUUCAUCCCGCCACAGUGGUCGCUGCGCACUGUCCUCUCCACCCUGUCCAAUGCGUACGGUGUCGAAGCUGUGACAGUAGACGAGCUGCGGCGCGAUGAGCACGAGGAUGGAGGGGCACCCCGCUUGGCCAUUCUUCAAGCUACCUCUGCGCGCGGUCUCGACCUGCCGGGCGUGUCGCACGUCUUCUUGGUCGGCGCAGAAGCGGUGGGCGAUACGGUGCGCUACGUCCACCUGGCGGGGAGGGCUGCACGUCUGUCUGCAACGAGGGAAAAAGGAUCGACGGAGAGACCGGUAGGAACAGUGGUGAGCUUAGUGAGAGGAUUGGGAGCCGGAGACGUCAAGGAGAACAGAGACAGAGCAGCUGCAAGAAGUGAGAGUACAGCUGGCGAAGGGGAGCUGCAAUCGUGGAGCGAGAAGGGUGCUCCACUCAUGGCCAGCUCCGAGAGGAAGAUGUGGAGCAUGUACCAGCGCUUGGGCAUCCGUUGCUCGAGGCUGAAGAUGGGAGAGUGGGCUGAGAUGGAGAGUGAACAGGGUGAGGACGGCGAGGCUGAGGACCAGGAGGACGAAGUCGCAGCAAAUCUAGUGUAA